CGAACUAACCACGAGGCCUAUUCGAAACUGAAACCUCCCGAGUCCUGGCUUGUGUUGUGCUCAUCAUCAGCUUCUUCUUUUUCUUCUUCUUCAUUUCCAAAAACAAUAGUAGCCAUGAACCGUGUUGCAUUUUCCAAAUUCUUUGGGCACCGUUGCAGAGCCAUCCACCACACCACCCGCAAGCAGUUUUCUGACCAUCGCGGAACUGAUCUCCAAAGUGCUGGUCCCGUGGCCUCUCUCCUCAAGUCCCGUUCCGUUAUACGAUUCCGAGGACCUGACACCGUUAAGUUUCUUCAGGGCCUGUUGACCAACGAUGUACGGCGAUUUGGUGAACCCAUUGGUGAAAAUACCGAAAAUUUGCCUACACCCAACGUGGAUGUUGCGUCGGUUCCUCCUAUAUAUGCUGCGUUAUUGACCCCUCAAGGGAGAUUCCUCUAUGACCUCUUUCUCUAUAAGCCGCCCAGGUCCAACACCAAGCUUGAUAAGACCGGGACUGGACCUGGGUCUGACCCCGAUGAACCCUUUGAUUUGUUUGCCGAUGUGGAUGCUUCUGUGUUGGAUGAAUUGUUGCAAACCUUCAACAAAUACCGGUUGAGGUCGAAGGUUGAGAUUGAUAAUGUCACAAACGAUUUCUCAUGCUGGCAGCGUUAUGGUGCUGGCAUUCCUGAGAAGUCCUCCCAUGUAGAAGAACCAGAAGCAGCCUCUGUUGGCUGGGGUGCUGGUGUGGAUCGUGCUGCAAUGUCAGCUUCACAUGGGAGUAAUCUUGGCUGGCAGUGGUUUAAGGAUCCCAGAUUGGUCUGUCUUGGUUUCAGAGGGAUCUUCCCAUCAAAUAUAAUUCCACCUCUAGUUGAGGUUGACAAAGAAACUGAUGAACAGAAUUACCUUCUAUGGAGAAUAGAAAAGGGAGUAGCAGAAGGAUCAACUGAGAUUCCAAAAGGUGAGGCAGUACCACUUGAGUAUAAUCUUGCAGGCCUUAAUGCAAUUAGCUUUGACAAAGGCUGCUAUGUGGGCCAGGAACUCAUAGCUCGGACACACCACAGAGGGGUGAUUCGAAAGCGCAUAGUUCCUCUAAGGUUUCUCGCUAAGGAUGGGAAAGAAUUAUUAAACAAAGUCAUUCCAGGCUCAGAAGUAAUGAACACGGCAUCUGGCAAAAAAGCUGGUGCCGUGACUACUGCCCUAGGAGGUCGUGGACUGGGGCUCUUGCGACUAGAGGAAGCUUUGAAGGGGUCCGGUGCCUUAUCCAUUCAAGGACAAGAGGAUGUGAAGGUUGUCGCUAGCAGACCAGAUUGGUGGCCUUCUGAAUGGCUUCAAGAUCAUCAACAGCACUCUGCUUUUGCCUAGGAUACGCAAGACAGUUCAAAUUUAUGAACAAUUUUGCGGGUGAAUAGCUUGUAAACAUGGAGUUAAUGUAAUCCUAAUGCUUCCAGUGGGUGAACGGCUAGUAAAAAAGGAACUAUGCGAUGGCUGUUGUAGAUUUUAAUGCGGAAUAAAUUUCAUCAUGGUAAUGUAGUUUGCCAUUUUU